AUGCUCUUAUGCAGUAUCUCAACAGAUUUUGCACCAGUCCAUGGAGCUGCUGGCCUGAAUCAGAAGCGGGACGCAGGGUACAAACAUCAGACUGACAGGGUGUUUCCUUAUAAUGGAUCCAUAUUCAGCUAUUUAGACACUGCAGAGAGGAGCCGGCAGCUUCCGGAUUGGCUAGAGAGAGAGCUUUUGAGGGAAGAGCCCAGACGACACUCGUAUGCCCUAGGAGAUGAUGCUAAACUCAACAUGCGACAGUUUUACAGAGUGGAUCCUGCUGGCUCCCUCUAUGAGCUCCAGAUUGAACAGAUGGUGUCCAUUAAUGACCUAAAACACAUUAAACAGGCCUUUGACGAGUUUGCAAAGGUUGGCAUUGAAAUGCUAGAUUAUGCUGAAUUUCGAACUGUUAUGAGAAACUGCCCAAGUUUGAAAACAGUUAAAGAUACUCAAAUUCAGCAUUUAUUCAUGAAGAUCGAUUACACCGGCGAUGGCAAAAUCGAGUGGCAUGAGAUCUGCACAUACAUAUUCCUGGAGAACAAAAAGAAGGAAGAAACAGUGCAUCGCAGCAAGAUGGCAGCUUUUGUGUUGCCAGCUAAUGUGAAGUUUCUAAACUGUGGGGAGCCGCUUCUGAGAAUCCACUUCCCUCCGAAUGGCACCGUUGUGACUCUCAGAGAAGACGGGCUUGUUAGCUUCUGGACGCCUAAACUUCAUUUGAAGAGCAAGAAGAAUUUGUUUCCUGAAAGAUCCAUCACUAGAAGACCAAACUGGGCUACUGAUUUUGUGCCGAUGCCCGAGUUUAACAAACUGAUUAUUGCAACUGGAUCCAGAGAACUCCAGUUUUAUGAGCUCUCCUCUUUGGAGCCUUGUUGUCAGUUGAGUGUACUGGAAACUGUGCCUUUAAAUUUGGAUUACUGCUCUACUCGUCCAGAUGAAUGUGUCAUUGUAUACGGCGAUACUGAGGGCUGUGUGAACAUCCUACUAAUGAAAUCGGUCAGGGAGAAACUGAGAUUGUGGAAAAGAUCACCGCAGGUUGACAACAUGCCAAACAUAAGCAUUGACCAUGCUGUUGAAUCUCCAGACGUAACAUUUAUCCGAUGGAAAGUCCACCAAGACUGGGUGUCAAAGGUGAAAUAUUUUGAAAGCAUAUCUUCCAUUGUAUCCUCAUCGGCGCAUGAAGAAACUGCCCUUGUUAUAGGUUCCAUUCAUCCAUCAACGUAUACACAAGAGCAGAUGAGAGGGACGGCAGAAGUGAGUGGAGAUGAAAAGUCUAUGAAAGUUGCACAGAGAGCAACAUGCAACCAAACAAUCUUCACCAUUCCUAAAGGGGUUAUGACUUUUGACCUGUGUAAAAAUCUAAAUCUUUUGGUCACUGGAGGGAUGGACAAGGUGGUACGGAUGUGGAUUCCUUACGUGCCUAGAAAUCCAACAGGGAUUUUGAAAGGUCACUCCGCCCCUGUUGCCUACGUAUUUGUCACAUCAGAGAAUGGACACAUUUACUCAGUCUCCACAGACAACACUGCAAAGAUAUGGCAUAUAAAGGACCAGACGUGUCUGUUUACUGCACAUCCAAAUUCAAGUCAAAUCAAGGGAGAACUGUCUGCAUGUAUCUACUCUUCAGUGGUGAAGGGGCUUUACAUUGCCUCAGAUUCAAUCGCUUUACUAUCCCUUAAGACAAAACCACAGCCUAAAGGCAUUCAGAUUGUUUCCCAUAAAGAGCCUGUGUUGUGCUGUGGAUACAGUGAGCAGUUUAGGCAGGUGGUGAGCUGCUCUGAGGGCUCGGUUAUUAAAAUCUGGGAUGUGGAAACCGGAGCUCUAAUAUUUGAAUUUGGAUGCGCUCAUGGAGAGUCUGCAAUAACCUGUAUGGCCUUUGACACUAGCGGAAGGAGGCUAAUGACCGGUGGGAGAGAUGGCCUCAUAAAGUUGUGGAACUUUAACAAUGGCCAGUGUGUGAAGAUACUCAGCAGAGAAGGAAAAUGUCCAGAGAUUUGUGACUGCUCCUAUCUGACACUGCACGGAAACACAUUUGUGAUUUCUGUUGGUUGGAGCCGCAGGAUUGACAUUUACUUGGACUCCAAAGAGGAAACUCAGUUCAUUCAGAGACCAACACCUUCCUGGCAGGAAGACAUGAGGAAUGGACACAAAGAAGAUAUCCUGUGCAUUGCUCACUGCACACCACAUCUCCUGGCCACUGGCAGUUUUGAUGGGGAGAUCAUUGUGUGGAACGUGGUGUCUGGACGCAUACAGUGUCGCUUCCAGACCCCUCAGUCUCAACAAAUCAGCAGUUCUCAUGUGCAAAACACGAGUGUGCUGAACCUCAUCUUCCUAAAGACCCGGGCAUUUGUUCCUGAACUGUGCUCUUCUGCUUGGCUUGUGUCUUCAGGGUCUCGAGGUUAUGUUAAUUUCUGGAGUGUUUUGAAUGGUGGAAAGUUCAUCGCAUCUUUUCAAGCUUCUCACCUUCAGCAGCAGAUCACAAAACUGGCUUUAACACAGGACGACAGCAUGCUUUUUACUGCAGAUCAUGUGGGUUUUAUCUAUGUGUACAAUGUCAAGCAAUACGCAAUGGGGCCUGAACAAAACCCGCCUGAAAAGAUAAACUUCUGGCGAGCACACAUACGCAGCAUCACGAGCUUAAAGAUAGUGGACAAGGACCAGUUUCUGCUUACCUCCUCGAUGGACUGUUCAGUGCGCCUGUGGAAUAUUCAUGGGGAUUACAUAGGUACUUUUGGUCAAGAAGAGAGUUGGAGAAUUGAAACACCGUCUUCCUGGAAGCACCCGGCUGUUCCCUAUGAGAUCCUCAUUGAUCCCUUGAGCAUGCCUUCUCAUCCAGUACUGGAUGAAGAGAUCAAUCAGUCAGAUGUCUUGGACUCUGAGAAAAGGGAAAAUGUAAACAAACAGUUGGAUGUCCAGACAGAGAGCGAUCCUUUAACAAUUCUCAAUGAUAGAGACAUUGAAGAUGGAAGCAUCAGCUCCUGGUGUCGGUCUGAGCCUGGCAGGAGGCAGCGUCAUGCAAUAUUCAAACAUUUGAACAGAGCAUCAAACAGAACGGGUCUCAAGGACUACAACACUUUGAAGGACUUGGACCUUAUUGUUAUGCCACAAACAUAUAAAAGACCCGAUCUCUCCCUCCAAAAAAUCAAUCCACUCGAAUCUAAGGAUGCAGAUGAAUAGCCACUUCAAAGUCAAUGCGUCAAAAUGAGGACAAAUACAUGAUAGUAAUAUC